AUGCAAGGAACCUUGGGGAAUACUACCAUUCAGCCGCUCUCGGAUCUCGUGAGCACCAUUGUCGCACCAGAUUUCAUUAACGAGAUCAACACCCUUCUCAAGGACCUCCCUCCUCUUCUUGGACCGGAUAUUAUCCAACCCUUGAUCAAGCUGCUGAAGGAAGUUUUGACGCCAAAGCUCCUUAAGCAAAUAUCCUCGCUGAUUGACGAUCUGCCGGAUUUGAUCAAAGGCGUCAUUUCCUUGGUCAAGUCACUAGAAGAUUGGAUCAAGGACAUCCUAACCCCGGAAUCCAUCGACGAACCUCUCGGCGAUGCCGCCAAGAGCAUUUUCGCGGAUGAAUUCAUUGAUGAUAUUCGCAACUUCCUUAAAAAUUUACCACCAAUUCUUUGCGACUUCCUUCCUCUCCUAAGCUCCAAUAUUCUCAAGCCCCUUGGCAACCUGUUCAGCAUCAUCCAUCUUCGAUGA